CCUACCGUAGCGAAGGCGAGGGGUUGCGACAAGAUGGCGGCGCCCUUCGAAGUGUGCCAUGUCGCCUGCUGCGCCAACCGAGCCGGUCCCGGAGUGGUUUCCUGGGGGAGAGGCGGCCUGGUGGCUUUCGGCUCGUGCCGCUCAGUCGUCCUCUACGACCCGCAGAGAAGAAAGGUAGUUGGCACACUGAAUGGACACACUGGAAGAGUUAAUUGUGUUCAGUGGAUUCGCAGAAAAGAUGGAUCUUAUGAAACAGAAUUAAUUUCUGGAGGGUCUGACAAACUACUUAUUCUUUGGGAAACACAAAAUGAGAAGCUUGUGAACUGCACUCGUCUUGAAGGCCACUCUGAAGCAGUUUGCUCUUUGGAUGCUGUCUACAUGAGGAAUGAGUCUACAGGAGACUUAAAUAUACUUUUAGCUUCUGCGGCUUCUGACUCUACUGUGCGAAUCUGGUCCAAACAAGGAACAGAAGUUAAAUGUCUUCAGACGCUGCUAUUUGGAAAUGGAUUUGUUAUGGAUGUUUCUUUGUCCUUCUUGCCAGACAGCAACAUACCGGUACUGGCUUGCGGUGGGGAUGACUGCAAAAUUCAUUUAUAUGUGCAGCAGGAUGGACAGUUUCAGAAGACUUUGCUGCUCCAUGGCCAUGAAGACUGGAUAAGAGGGAUUGAAUGGGCAGUUUGCGACGGAGAUCUCUUCUUGUCAAGCUGUUCCCAGGAUUGUCUGAUACGGAUCUGGAAGAUGCAUGCAACUUCAUUGCUUGUGGAAGCCCAAGAUGAGGAAACUAUAAGGCUAAAGGAGAACAUUUUCACCGUGAAAAAUGACAAUGGUUCAGAUGCAUCUUUUGCUGUUACUCUGGACUCUGUGUUAGCUGGACAUGAAAACUGGGUAUAUGCUGUUCAUUGGCAGCCUUCCUUUCCCAAAGAUGGCAGGAUGGAACAGCCAAUGAGGUUGUUGUCUGCUUCAAUGGACAAAACUGUGAUCCUCUGGGCUCCAGAUCAUGAAUCCGGGGUGUGGUUGGAACAGGUCCGAGUAGGAGAAGUGGGUGGAAAUACUCUGGGGUUUUUUGACUGUCACUUCAGCCCAGAUGGCUCAAUGAUUCUUGCUCAUGCUUUCCACGGAGCACUGCAUCUUUGGAAACAGACUUCAGCAAACAAGAGAGAAUGGGCUCCAGAAGUGGUUAUUUCAGGGCAUUUCGAUGCCGUGCAAGAUGUGAUGUGGGAUCCAGAAGGAGAAUUCAUCAUCUCUGUUGGUUCUGACCAAACUACAAGAAUCUUUGCUCCAUGGAAAAGGGAGAACAAAACAGAGGCAUCAUGGCAUGAAAUAGCAAGACCCCAGGUCCAUGGAUAUGACAUGCAGUGUUUAGCGAUGACCGGCCGAUUUCAAUUUGUGUCUGGAGCAGAUGAGAAGGUGCUUCGAGUAUUUACUGCACCCAGGAAUUUUAUGGAAAACUUCAGCAGCAUUUCUGGUAUAUCUCUGGAGGAACUAAAAAGUGGACAAAUGAUUGAUCUUCCAGAAGGAGCUACUGUGCCAGCCUUGGGGCUGUCCAAUAAGGCUGUCUUUCAAGCUGAAGAUACAGCAGCCCAGACAACUGAAGAAGAAGAAAAACUUACUAAUGCUUCCAGUCAGUAUCAUGAAAAUUACUUUCAGCCAUGUAGUCUUACAGAACCUCCCACAGAAGAUCAUCUCUUGCAGAACACGUUAUGGCCUGAAACACAAAAGUUGUAUGGACAUGGCUAUGAAGUUUUUUGUGUUGCCUGCAAUAAUGCGAAAACUGUGAUUGCCUCGGCAUGUAAGGCUUCUAAAAAAGAACAUGCAGCCAUUAUUUUGUGGAGCACCACAACGUGGAAGCAGAUACAGAGCUUACCUUUCCACAACCUGACAGUGACACAGAUUUCCUUCUCCCCCAACGAUAAAUUCUUGUUGGCAGUUUCAAGAGACAGGCAGUGGUCACUUUGGAAGUGUAAUGACAUCAGUUCAAUGCAACCAGACCCAGCUUUCAAUCUUUUUGCUUACACAAAUCAAAGCACGGCUGUGCACACUCGCAUCAUUUGGUCCUGCGACUGGACCCCUGAUAGCAAGUAUUUCAUUACUGGAAGCAGAGACAAAAAGGUUGUUUUUUGGGGCGAAUGUUGUUCAACAGAGGAGAAUAAAGAAAACGACCCGGGUGAGAUCCAGCCUUGUUCGCCAGUCCUGGAUGUUGGGGACUCUGUCACGGCCCUUAGUGCUAGUCAUGUGCUAGCUCCUGAUGGGAGCUAUAUCGUUGCAAUAGGCACAGAAAGUGGGAAGAUUCACUUGUAUAAAUGGAAACCAAGUGACAAGAGGCUGCCACUUUCGGACUGGACCAAAUGUGCUGAAACAGACAACAGCCAAAGCCACACUCUUGUUGUCAAGCAGCUGUGUUGGAGAAAGUGCGUGGGCCGUGCUGGGCAAGGGACAGCAGAGAGCAGCAGGUGGCUGCAGCUGGCGAGCUGCGGGGCCGACUAUUCUGUCAAGAUACUCAGCAUUAACAGAGACAGUCUUUAAGCAAUUUACUUUCGACCACACUUCGUGAAAUAUGUCAAUAGUACCUGUUUUCUGAACUUUUUUUUUAAAAAGCACUUCUUUUUCUGAAAACUAUGUGUCUACCUGGAGCUUAAUUAUUAAAGCGGUUUGUAUAAAAA